AAUGGCGGUUUGCGAUUGGGACAUGUGCUUCACUUUUGUAUUAGCCGGAUGGGAAGGUAGUGCGCAUGAUGCUCGUAUAUUUGACCACGCUCUCACAACUCCUUCCAUGAACUUUCCCCAUCCGCCUCAAGGCAAAUAUUAUUUGGUGGAUGCUGGCUAUCCGACACCCGUGGGAUACCUUGGUCCCUACAGACGUGAACGCUAUCAUCUCCCUGAUUUUCGAAGGUCAUCUGCACUUGAAAAUGACAAUGAGGCGUUUAAUUAUUUGCACUCAAGUCUACGAAGCACUAUUGAAAGAACUUUUGGAGUUUGGAAGAGUAAGUUUGCAAUUUUAGGAAACAUGCCGAGCUAUGACUUUCCAACACAGGUUCAAAUUGUUUGUGCAACAAUGGCCAUACAUAACUUCAUUAGAUCAACAUCCAUUUCUGAUCCUGGUUUCAUUCAGUUUGAACAAGAAGGUUCUUAUGCAGAAGAAAAUAACGAUGAUGAUGGAGUUGGAUCUUCACAUAUACCUUCAUCAAUAGAAUCUUCAUCUCAUAUGGCUCGACUUCGUGACUCCAUAAGAGAUCAAAUUAUUCACUAUAUACGAGAAUAGUCAUGUCUUUUUUUAUUUCCUUCUUUCUUUUCAGAUAAUGUAAUGUGUUGUUAAAAAAAAAG